GGAAACAGACCAGAAUAAACUGUAACUAAGGGUGGAAUUUAUUUCACGAGGCCAGUUUGCCCAGAAAAAAAUCAUCAAACAACAGUACAGUGCUGAGAAAUUAUGUCACAGCGUGACCGGGAAUCCUUCAUUCACUUAUUCGCCGGAGGUAUCGCUGGUACUGCUGGCGCUGUAGUGACAUGCCCGUUGGAAGUGGUAAAAACGCGUCUGCAAAGCUCCUCGUCGUCGUUCAUCCAUGCAGCGGCUUCCACUAGACAUGCGCUCGUCGCCGAUGGAGGGAAACUGACCGAUCAUCAUCACCACGUGCGCCACGUGUCCGCCAUUAACAACGCGGUUUCAGCAUCCGAUCGGCACCACAACACGAACCGCCAUCAGGCCCGAGUAUGCGCUAGCUCGAUCCUGACUCGACGUCGUCCUUCGAUCCUGGCCAUUCCGCAGUGCGGCCUGUCGACUUCGGUGCAGUCGAUCAGCAUCUGGCAAUGCCUGAAGCACAUCGUCCAAACCGAAGGCUCACGGGCGCUCUUCAAGGGCCUCGGACCCAACAUCGUAGGUGUUGCACCAUCCCGUGCAAUCUACUUCUGCGCGUACUCGAAGACAAAGAAUGCCCUCAACACUGUCGGCAUAAUUCCGGCCAACUCUCCGUUGGUGCACAUCCUGAGCGCAUCCUGCGCCGGGUUCGUAUCGUCCACGGCCACUAAUCCGAUAUGGUUCAUCAAGACACGCAUGCAGCUAGACAGCAACGCCAAUGGCCGGAUGUCAGUGGGUGAGUGCGUCCGGCGCAUCUACGAAUCGCAGGGUGUCCGGGGUUUCUACAAAGGCAUCACGGCCAGCUACGUCGGCAUCUCGGAGACGGUGAUCCACUUCGUCAUCUACGAGGCUCUGAAGAAGAAACUGCUACGUCAGACAUCCCCGGCAGCUGGCGAUGAGGGUGGAAAAACUUCGCGCGAUUUCCUCGAGUUUAUGGCGGCCGGUGCCACGUCCAAGACGAUCGCAUCGGUGGUGGCAUACCCGCACGAGGUCGCCCGAACGCGACUGCGCGAGGAGGGCAACAAGUAUCGCAACUUCUGGCAGACGAUGCUGACCGUCUGGAAAGAGGAAGGCAAAGCCGGCCUUUACCGCGGUCUCGGAACACAGCUGGUUCGCCAGAUCCCGAACACAGCCAUCAUGAUGGCGACCUACGAGGCCGUCGUCUACGUGUUGACGAGCCCAGCCAGUGCCAGCCUUCUGGCAACCGGUGCGGGCAACUGA